AUGGCAAAGACAAAAGAGAUGCAGCCUUCGCAACUACCACGUGCAGAGCUCCGCUGCAUCUCAGGCGAGUCGCCUCAUAAACAUGAAACAUCUAUAAAUACCGUCGCAGUAAAUCUCGCAGUAAAGAUAGCGGGAGAGAAAGAUAACGAUGGUCAACAGCAGCAGGAGGAGACGAUCAAAAGAUCGUCGUCUUCUGCAAGAUUAUCUCUUUCAGUUUCGUCGGGGCUUCCCAGGAUUCCUUCGACGGAUGCGGAAGCGCCCUUAAUUACAGAUGAUAGCACCGAUGAUGCCGAAGAACUUCAUCACGCGCCGUCGACCCUUGUCGACUCUGGUGAAGGUGACUACCCCCCGGUGACAAACUUCGAUGACGCAAAAGCUGUGUGUUGGAGGGAGUCGACCAAGCUAUGGGCCAUUGCCGGACCCAUCGCAUUUAACAUACUCUGCCUAUACGGGGUCAACUCUUCUACGCAGAUCUUCGUCGGUCAUCUUGGAGAUGUCGAGCUCUCCGCCGUUGCCAUUUCCCUGUCUGUCAUCUCCAACUUCUCUUUCGGCUUUCUGCUGGGUAUGGGAAGUGCGCUGGAGACGCUAUGUGGGCAGGCCUUUGGUGCUGGGCAGGUUUUCAUGCUUGGCGUCUAUAUGCAACGCUCAUGGAUCAUCCUCUCAGUCUCAUGCGUUCUCCUGUGUCCAGUUUACAUCUUUGCCACCCCGAUCCUAAAGCUCCUAGGACAAGAAGAUGACAUUGCCGAUCUUUCUGGGAAAUUUUCGAUCCAAAUCAUCCCACAGAUGUUCUCACUUGCAUUUACUUUCCCCACCCAGAAGUUCCUACAGGCCCAAAGCAAGGUGGGGAUCCUGGCAUGGAUUGGAUUUCUGGAUCUAAUUCUGCAUGUAAUGUUGCUCUGGAUCUGUGUGUAUUGGUUCAACUGGGGCGUUUAUGGUGCGGCUGUGGCAUACAACAUCUCUGCCUGGGCGGUUUCCAUUGCACAAGUGGCCUAUGUGGUGUGCUUCUGUAAGGAUGGAUGGAAGGGGUUGUCUUGGUUGGCAUUCAAGGAGAUCUGGGCCUUCGUUAGGCUCUCGGUGGCCUCUGCCGUGAUGCUUUGCCUAGAGAUUUGGUACAUGAUGAUUUUAAUUGUCCUCACUGGCCACCUUGGUGAUGCAAUCAUAGCAGUUGGGUCCAUCUCUAUUUGUAUGAAUAUCAACGGUUGGGAAAACAUGAUUUUUAUUGGAAUCAAUGCCGCCAUAAGCGUCCGUGUCUCAAACGAGCUUGGAUCGGGACACCCCAGAGCCACCAAAUAUGCAGUUAUCGUUGUGAUUCUCGAGUCUCUCCUUAUUGGGCUUUUCUCCAUGAUUAUGAUCCUAGCAACAAAAGACCAGUUUCCCAUCAUUUUUACAAAUAGCAAGGAAUUACAGCAUGCUGUCACUCGAUUGGCUUACCUUCUGGCUAUUACCAUGGUGCUUAACAGCAUACAACCAGUUAUCUCAGGCGUUGCUGUUGGUGGAGGGUGGCAAGCAAUGGUGGCUUAUAUUAAUUUGGCUUGUUAUUAUCUUUUCGGGCUUCCACUUGGGUUCCUGCUUGGUUACAAAUGUAACGAAGGAGUGGAGGGAAUUUGGGCCGGUAUGCUUUGUGGAACAUUGCUGCAGACAUUUGUCCUCUUCUUAAUCGUUUGGAACACCAAUUGGAACAAGGAGGUAGAAGCAGCAUCAGAACGUGUGCGGAUGUGGGGCGGACAAGACAUUGACGAUUUAGAUCUUUGAGAUUGAUUCUCAUGGAGGAAGGUACAAUGUUUAGGAGUGCCUCCUUUGAUGAGAAAGUUUGCCGCUUUGUUGUAUGAUUAUAUCUGUUCUUAUUGUUUCAAUUUCUUUCCUUCUUAGUUUGGUGUUAGAACCCAUUAGGUUUAAUAUAAAAAUGUAUCUUUACGACU